UCCGUAUUCGCGAAUUUCCUACUUUGGUCCUUACUAGAUGCCGUAGACGGAAAGAUGGCGACCCUUGCGCUGGUUAGCCGUCCUGCGAGUGUCCUUCCGAAGGUUUCUAAGGGUUGCUGUCCCCCCGCUGUGCUGUCGGUUUCCUCCGUCGUCCCAGUUCACCAGAGGAAGCUGCACCAUGCUGUCAUCCCCAAAGGAAAGGGAGGUCGCUCGUCUUCCAGCGGCAUAGCGGCCACUGUGUUCGGUGCUACAGGCUUCCUGGGGCGAUAUGUGGUCAAUCGGCUGGGUCGGGUUGGCUCUCAGAUCAUAGUGCCUCACCGCUGUGAUCAGUAUGACACCAUGUAUUUCAAGCCUAUGGGGGACCUGGGACAAAUCAUUUUGAUGGAGUGGGAUGCCCGGGACAAAGACUCCAUCAGAAGAGCUUUGGAGAACUCCAACGUGGUCAUCAACCUUGUGGGCAAAGAAUGGGAAACAAGCAACUACCGCUUUGAGGAUGUGUUUGUGAGCAUCCCUCAGCAAAUUGCCAAGGCAACCAGAGAGGCCGGCAUCACUAAGUUCAUCCACAUGUCUCACCUCAACGCUGACAUACGCAGCUCGUCCAAAUACCUCAGGAACAAGGCGGUGGGAGAGAAUGCAGUGAGAGAUGAAUUUCCCGACGCCAUCAUCAUGAAGCCGUCAGAGAUGUUUGGGAGGGAGGACAGGUUUUUCAACUACUACGCAAAUAUGCGUUGGUUCGGCAACGCCAUCCCACUCAUGAACCUCGGGAAGAAAACGGUCAAGCAGCCUAUUCAUGUGGUGGAUGUGGCGAAGGCCAUCAUAAGCGCUGCCAGAGACCCAGAGGCCAAUGGAAAGACAUACGCUCUAGCUGGUCCCAACCGGUACCUUCUCCAUGACCUGGUGGAGUACAUCUACGGUGUGGCUCACAGGCGUUUUACACCCUACCCACUGCCCCGCCCACUCUUUCAGCUGGCUGCUAAGUUUUUCGCAAUGAACCCAUUUGAACCUUGGACAACCCAAGAUAAAGUAGAAAGGUUUCACAUAACCGAUAUGAAGUACCCAGGACUCCCCGGUCUGGAGGAUCUCGGGAUCACUCCUUCCACGGUAGAACAAAAGGCUAUUGAGAUUCUGCGUCGCCAUCGUAAAUCCCGUUACAUGGAAACCGAGCUGGACGCAACAAAGCCUGCCAAGACUGUCAACUUCUAAAGUGUUGAAUCAGUGUCCCAACAUUACUUUGACAAGCCUUGUCUUUAAAUUCUGUAUGUAAAUAAAACAACAUCCUAUCCUU